AUGUUGCAAGGACGUCUCUUCUCUUACACGGACACUCACUACCAUAGACUUGGAACCAACUUUAUGCAGCUUCCUAUCAACUGUCCUUAUCGAGCACGUGCUCACAAUACUCAACGAGACGGACCUGCGACUUACGAUAAUCAAGGUGCAAAGAAAAUUCAAAUAGUGGCUGAAAUUAUUCAACUUUUUGUAGGAGAUGUGCCAAAUUACUUCCCAAAUAGUUUCAAUGGACAUGUGACGUGUCCACGUUCCGUCGAAAGUAGGUUUAGUGUAACCGGAGAUGUUGCACGUCACGAUCCUGGCUUCGAUGAUGUCUUCGAGCAGCCCAGGAUUUUCUACAAAAAGGUAUUGUUCUUUUCAACUCAGUUUGUGCACUCUCCACCCCCUCGGCGCAAACCAACUUUACAGGUACUCAACGAUCAAGAGAGAGCUCGCUUAAUUCAGAACAUCUUUGACACAAUGAAGGAUUGUAAAACAUACAUUCAAGAUCGUGCCAUACAGAACUUCGGAAAAGUAAGUCAAUAA